GCGAGAGUAGGAUCCGGCGGUGCCGUGAGAAGAGGAGACGAAGACAACGACGACGGCGGCGGGAGGGGGACGGACCGGAGCCGGGGACCGAGGAGGAGCACGCCGCCGCGCCCUCUCCCUCUGCUGCGCGCUCCGGUGGCCGGCCCCACGCCUCUCGCCUCACCCACCGCACGGGGCUCCGCUCCGAGCAGGAGGAGGCACCAGGCCCGAGCUGGGGCGGGGGUCCUCCCUGCAGCCCGGGCACACCGGAACGGAGGAUUCGCCGUGGAGGACCGCGCCCGGGCUGGUGGCACCCGAGGCCCCGCCAGCGCCGGCUGCGCCAGGUAGACCGUGGCCUGAUGGACACCUGGUGUGGACGAUGAGGGAAGAACGCGCCUCCCACACCCGAGAGGUGACCCCAGAGCGAGCCCCGGAUGGCCCCGCGAGCAGGAACGAUGCGGCUGGCCUGCAUGUUCUCGUCCAUCCUGCUGUUUGGAGCCGCGGGCCUCCUCCUCUUCAUCAGCCUGCAGGACCCCACAGAGCUCGCCCUCCAGCAGGUGCCAGGAAUAAAGUUCAACAUCAAGCCACAGGAGCCCCACAGCGACCUCCCAUCAGGCAGUUCCCAGGAUGGUGACUUUAAGGCACCCACAGAGAGUGUCACCCGAGACUUGUCCAGCCGGGCCCCGAGGGGCCUGAACCUACAGGUGUCCCAGCAGCCUCAAGCCCACCUAAACGUGGGGGCCCGUCUGCGACCCCGGCAGCGCCGCCGGCGACUGCUUAUCAAGAAAAUGCCAGCUGCGGCGGCCAUCCCAGCCAACAGCUCGGCUGGUACGUUCGUCCGGCCAGCACCCCGGGCCCUGGACGGCCGUUGGGUCAGCCUGCACCAGAGCCAGCAGGAGCGCAAGCGGGUGAUGCGGGAGGCGUGCGCCAAGUACAGGGCGAGCAGCAGCCGCAGGGCGGUCACGCCCCGCCACGUGUCCCGCAUCUUCGUGGAGGACCGCCACCGCGUGCUGUACUGCGAGGUGCCCAAGGCGGGCUGCUCCAACUGGAAGCGGGUACUCAUGGUGCUGGCCGGGCUGGCCUCGUCCACCACCGACAUCCAGCACAACACCGUCCACUACGGCAGCGCCCUCAAGCGGCUGGACACCUUCGACCGCCAGGGCAUCCUUCACCGCCUCAGCACCUACACCAAGAUGCUCUUCGUCCGCGAGCCCUUCGAGAGGCUGGUCUCUGCCUUCCGCGACAAGUUUGAGCACCCCAAUAGCUACUAUCACCCCGUCUUCGGCAAGGCCAUCCUGGCCCGAUACCGGGCCAAUGCCUCUCGGGAGGCCCUGCGGACGGGCUCCGGCGUGCGGUUCCCCGAGUUCAUCCAGUACCUACUGGACGUGCACCGGCCCGUGGGGAUGGACAUCCACUGGGACCACGUCAGCCGGCUGUGCAGCCCCUGCCUCAUCGACUAUGACUUUGUGGGCAAGUUUGAGAGCAUGGAGGACGACGCCGACUUCUUCCUGAGCCUCGUCCACGCGCCGCGGAACCUGACCUUCCCGCGGUUCAAGGACCGGCACUCGCAGGAGGCGCGGACCACCGCACAGAUCGCCCACCAGUACUUCGCCCAGCUCUCGACCCCGCAGCGGCAGCGCACCUACGACUUCUACUAUAUGGACUACCUGAUGUUCAACUACUCCAAGCCCUUCGCAGACCUGUACUGAGGGGUGGGGCCAACCGGC